GAGGGAGGAGCCCCACUCCCAGUCCCAGUCCCCGCAGCUGUCGGCGCCUCUCAGUCCGGCGCUGGGUGGAGCAGGAGCCCCGGGGAACGAGCGCCCCAGCCCGGCUGCAGGGAGACCCCCUGCCCCGCUCCCCCGCCGGCGGGGAGAGGAGACCGGCCCCAGCGAGGGGGGAGCCCAGGGCGGUGAGCGCGGCAGCGGCCAACAGGCUCCCUGACCCCUGUACGGAGAGAGGAGGAGAAGGAAAGACACCAGCCCACAGCUCUGUUCUUGCGCCAGGCUGGGCCCAGAAUCCGGAUUCCCUCUCAAUCCCCUGCCGCUCCUGGGGCUGGAAAUCCACAUUCCCCUGGUCCUGCUCUAGCAUUCUGGAUUGCACCUUUCCUCCCCCGCCCGAAGGCCAUGCAAAAGGGCAAGUGUGAACUCCUCCCCGAUCUGCCCCCAAGGCUCUCGGUGGAGCCCCAGGCAUGGCCGGGAGGCCGAGACGUCCGGGUGACGGUCCGAGCGCCCAGCUCCCAGCCUGAGGAUUAUGCUGCCCCGGGGCUGGGGCAGAGAAAGACCCUGGUCGUCCUGGAUAUCGUCUGUCUGCUCGUGGCCUCCGUCCCGUUCUUGGUCUGUGAGGUUGGCUUGGUCCCCCCCAUGCGCCGCGGCUUCUACUGCAACGACAGCAGCAUCCGCUACCCACUCAAGCAGGCGGAGACGGUCAGCGACACGGUGCUGAUCUCGGUGGGGAUCCUCAUCACCUCCGUCUCGAUCGCCCUGGGCGAGAGCUACCGCAUCCACUCCCUGCGCCUGGGCUCCCGCUCCUUCGUCCCCAACCCCUACGUGGCCGUCCUCUACAAGGAGAUCGGCGCCUUCCUCUUCGGCUGCACCGUGGGCCAGUCCCUCACCAACAUGGCCAAGAUCACCGUCGGCCGCCUCCGCCCCCACUUCCUGGCCGUCUGCCGGCCGGACCUCGCUCUCCUCAACUGCUCCCGGGGCUACGUGGAGGAGUACGCCUGCACUGCGGGGCUGUCGCAGGAGAAGGAAGCCAGGAAGUCCUUCUACUCCGGCCACGCCUCCUUCGCCAUGUACAGCAUGACGUACCUGGUGUUCUACCUGCAGGCGCGGUUAACCUGGCGGGGUGCUCGUCUGCUGCGCCCCCUGCUGCAGUUCGUCCUGUUGCUGCUGGCGCUCUACACCGGCCUCACCCGCAUCUCUGACUACUGGCACCACCCCUCGGACGUGGCCGUGGGCUUCCUGCAGGGGGCGCUCAUCGCCUACUGGGUGGCCUUCCACAUCUCAGGCAUGUUCCGCCACAAGGCCCCAGCCUCCCGCCUGCCCCCGCUUUGCCCCGAUAGCCCGGACUCCAGCGGCCACACCAACUGCUAGGCGUCGUGCCGGAACGGGGGGCUAGAGGGAUCACCCUGCUGGGACCAGCACCCAGCAGGCCCCCGCACGGCGGCGGGAGAGCCAGCCCCGCUUUCUGCUCCUCCACAGAGCACGUGGCCCCAUGUGCUUCCUCUCUGGCAGGGCUGGGCUUUCCUGUGUUGCUCUGGUCGCCGCCGGCUGUUUUCCAAGCACUUUAAUUUCCUCUUGGAUGCCUGCCCUGGGUCAGGUCGUCGCCACCUCCCGAAAGGCUUCCUGUUGGGCGGAGUUCUCCUCUGUCCGUCGCAGGAAAUCCUGCCUUCCUCUGGCUAGGGCAUGGCAGGAAGUCUCACCUUCUAACAUGGAUAUUGCAGACGCAUCGCAGGAAGUCCCACCUUCCUCUGGCAAGGGCAUGGCAGGAAGUCCCGCCUGCCUUUGGCACGGCCAUCACAGGAACGCUGCAGGAAGUCCCGCCUUCCUUUGACAUGGGCAUUACAGGAAGUCCCGCCUCUCCCCUCACCGCCCCCACACGCAGUGGGAUUUCUCAGCUCACGGAAGGAUUAUGACGACGAUUUGCAUGAUACGCUUUGGCCACCUUCCUGGACUCUGCUCCUCCAAUGAAAUGGCCCCUCCCUCCCCUCUCCGCGGCCGGGGAGGAGGGCUGUGAUUGAUGGACAGGGGGAUGAGGAGCGCGGGGAGAGCGGCAGGUGGUCGAACAUGAAGGAUGAACCACGGGCUGCUGGGCCUUAGGAGUGGGGUCCACAGGGGGGGCUCAUCCGUGCCACGAGUGGCUCCCGUUCUCAGACGCUUCCAGGCCCCCCCUCCGGGGGGGGGGCUGGACUGUGCCUCUCGCCCCCCCAUGCCCAGCCAGCCCUGAUAAUGUGAAUGGUAUUUUUGUAAUAAAUGGUACAGACAAUCA